CAGGUGGUGGAGAAUACACCCUUAACGGAGGUUCAUUUCCUGUUCUCUAUGCUCAAAUCGCCGUUCGUGUUCGUAACGAGGAAGGGCAUCUUAGCUGGCAUCAUCAUGAAGAAGCACUUAUUGGAAAUACCUAACACCGGCUACCAAGUGAUGAAGUGAUAAUCGUCCUACAAGGAUCAACUGACCAACGAUUUAGACCAAAAUCAGAGCCGGUUGAAAUUUCUGUUCACAAAUUCUCUGCCUGAAGAUGCCGUGUGCUCGGCUGAGAACGCCUGCAAGUCAGUCCAUUCCAUGACUUGGAUGUUACAGAUUGAGAAUCUUUCAUGUGUCGGUACUGAUGCACACUGCAGUAUCUCCUGUUUUCCAGAAUACAGUUAUAGUGUACUAGGUAGCACAGCUUGCUGAGCUUCCAUGGUGCGACAGUGCUACAUCCUCAGCUCUGCAAAAGUGCGCCCUGAGUGUGACGUUUAGAUAUAGCUCUCUCCGAGUGUCAGCCGACACCUAAUACUGCAAAGUAAUAUACAGUUUAUUGACAACAAAUAAGAACUGACCACAUACACAAGAUGUAUACCAUUAGACUCCUCAUGUUACCGCAGAGGGCCAGGAUAUUGUGACCAAGUCCUUUAGAUGUAGCUGCCAUGUAGUAGUAGUAGAAAUUUGGCGAUAGGCCACCCAACUCUGGAACGCUGACCUGCUCAACAAGUCGCAGAUUAAUUAGUACGAGGGGUGCUAACCAUCAAGCCCAUAAUAAGUAAAUUCAGGUUGAUUUUGACGAC